GAAGUUUACCAAGUUCACUGGCUCCGGGCAAAGGCACUACGGGAUCGAUGGAAGGAAGAGCUGAUGUUGGUCCAAUUCGAGAUGGAUUGGACAUGUAACUUUUUCUUGUGGAAAGCAGCCCAAUGGGGCGACCGGAUGCAGGAAUCAUUCACGAAACGACUUCUGGGUCAUGCAUGCUACUCUGGAAGGCAAUCCCGAAUGUAUUCAUUGCUGGUGCAGGACGCCCAGGCAGUGUUUCAACACCUGCAGACCAUUUUGAUAGAUUCCCGAGAUGAAUGA